GGUGAAUUUACCUCUAUCAUCCCUUUUUUUAUUCUUGACAUAAGUCCCUUAAUGUGAAGCGAUCAUGUCACCUCGCCGGUUCGGACAGGAAGAAGUCAGCCCAGGCGUCGUUGUUGAACUCGAAAAGCGAUGGCGCGUGCUGAGCCAGAAGGAGGAGCAUGAGUUUCAAGGCAGCAAACAGGACGAUCCUCGGUGGAGUGGGCCAUCGUACGCUUGCAUUCAGCUCAAGGUACAUCAAGUGGGCUCUAGGAUCACUCCACCAGUAAAUGGAUACAUGAGAAUCUACAAGCAAAUCCGUACGGAGGAGACAGUAGCUGACCGGCCCGAAGUCCGGGCACAGCAUGCUAAAACUGUUAUUCCCCCUGAACUUGAUGCAUACCGCCAGCUCAUGGAUAAGGGCUCAACCUUUACACCACGGCUGCUAGACUCGAUGGAACAGAAGCAAGAUAUCUAUAGCUUUGUGCCUGGGAGCAAGGUCACCUCCGCAAAAGUGGUGCGCAACCCGUUUUGA